GGGGGGGGCGGUUAAGGGGAGCUGAUGUUGUGUUGGUCUGGAGGGUCCCUGUGUCCAGGAAGAGGAUAUGAGAAGAGCAGCUUUGCAGGUAGAGCUUCCCAACUGAGUACCAUGUGAAGGUCUGACAGAGCCCCUUGAUUCGUGGGACAGGAGAGACGUCCCUCUUUCAGUCCAGAAGGGGAAAAUUCUUUGAACGUUUUUGUCUGCUUCAGUAGGCUCUUAAAGUAUCAUCUUUACCUGAACCACAGGGGCACGUGCCUGAGCCAGUUUGCCCACUGUGGGGAAAGGAAGUCUCAGGAGGCAUUCCGCGCGCCAUGGAGAAACCGUGGAAGUGUGGGGAUUGCGGGAAAGGAUUCCGCUCCCCCUCCGUGCUGGAGAUCCACCGCCGUGUCCACACUGGGGAGCGGCCCUUCACCUGCUCCGUUUGCGGCAAGGGCUUCACCCAGUCGUCCCACCUGCUGACCCACCAGCGGGUCCACACCGGGGAGAGGCCCUUCACCUGCUCCGUCUGCGGCAAGGUCUUCUCUGACUCGUCCCACCUGCUGUCCCACCAGCGUGUCCACACCGGGGAGCGGCCCUUCACCUGUUCCGUCUGUGGCAAGGGCUUCACCAAGUCGUCCAACCUGUUCUCGCACCAAUGGGUCCACACCGAGGAGAGGCCGUUCAGCUGCUCCGUCUGCGGCAAGGGCUUCUCUCACUCGUCCCACCUGCUGACCCACCAGCGGCUCCACACCGGGGAGAGGCCAUUCACCUGCUCGGUGUGCGGCAAGGGCUUCUCUCACUCGUCCUACCUGCUCAAGCACUGGCAGGUCCACACCGGGGAGCGGCCCUUCACCUGCUCCGACUGCGGCAAGGGCUUCUCUCACUCGUCCCACCUGCUCAAGCACUGGCGGGUCCACACCGGGGAGCGGCCCUUCACCUGCUCCGUCUGCGGCAAGGGCUUCACCCAGUCGUCCCACCUGCUGCGGCACCAGCAGGUCCACACCGGCGAGGGGGCCUUCACCUGCUUCGUCUGCGGCAAGGGCUUCACCCAGUCGUCCACCCUGCUGACCCACCAGCAGGUCCACACCGGGGAGCGGCCCUUCACCUGCUCGUUGUGCGGCAAGGGCUUCACUCGCUCGUCCACCCUGCUGCGGCACCAGCGGGUCCACACCGGGGAGCGGCCCUUCACCUGCUCCCUCUGCGGCAAGGGCUUCACCCAGUCGUCCAACCUGCUGCGGCACCAGCAGGUCCACACCGGCGAGGGGGCCUUCACCUGCCUGGUCUGCGGCAAGGGCUUCCCCCACUCGUCCGGCCUCCAGAUCCACCAGCAGGUCCACACGGGGGAACAUCCUUCCGAUAGACCAGAAGUGCACAUAAUACAGAGGAACUUCGAUUAUCCAGAAUUAGAUGAACCAGCACGGUGGCUCAGUGGUUAGCGCUGCUACCUCACAGUACCAGGGACCCGGGUUUCAUUCCUGCCUCAAGCGACAGACUGUGUGGAGUUUGCACAUUCUCCCCGCGUCUGCGUGGGUUUCCUCCUAGUGCUCCGGUUCCGUCCCACAGUCCAAAGAUGUGCAGGUCAGGGUGAAUUGGCCAUGCUAAAUUGCCCGUCGUGUUAGGUACAUUAGUCAGAGGGAAAUGGGUCUGGGUGGGUUACUCUUCGGAGGCUCAGUGUGGACUGGUUGGGCCUGUUUCCACACUGUAAGGGAUCUAAUCGUCAAGUGACUGAAAUACACCCUGCAUGUGUCCUUUGGAUAAUCGAGGUUCCUGUGUAUUCCAAAAGUGGCCGAAUCAAUGUCCUGUCCAGACCCCAACCCCUAUACUCAGUGCUCUGGCCAAUAAAGUGAUCUGCAGAAUCUGCGGGACUUGCUUAAUCCUGGAAGGUAAAUCACGUGUUUCUCCUUCUCUUGCAGGUGGAUCCAAGAUUUCACUCUCUGUCCCAUUGAGUCUCCAGUCAGGUCCUUCAGCUCAACUGGUCUCUCUCUCUCUAUUUCUGACCCAUGUGAGCCUCUACGCACCUCCCCUUCACUCGCUCACACUUGAUUUCCCUUACAGCAGCAUUCCCUUCAGUUCCUUUCUCCCUGACGUCUGUAUCCAGCUUCUCUUUAAAUGCCGUCCACCUCGACCUGCUACUGUGGGGGUCAUUCCCGCUGCAGACAGAGGUCUCUCCUUUGUAACCUCUUCAAAAGAUUAACCGCUGACUUCCCCCUUCAGUCUUUUCCAUUUCUGGGUCUCCCCGCUGUUGCGAAACUUGGAAUGGUUCAGAAAAGAUUGACAAGGAUGUUGCCAGGGUUGGAGGAUCUGAGCUACAGGGAGAGGCUGAACAGGCUGGGGCUGUUUUCCCUGGAGCGUCGGAGGCUGAGGGAUGACCUUAUAGAGGUUUACAAAAUUAUGACCGGCAUGGAUAGGAUAAAUAGGCAAAGUCUUUUCCCUGGGGUUGGGGAAUCCAGAACUAGAGGGCAUAGGUUUAGGGUGAGAGGGGAAGAUAUAAAAGAGACCUACAGGGCAACGUUUUCAUACAGAAGGUGGUGUGUGUACGGAAUGAGCUGCCAGAGGAUGUGGUGGAGGCUGGUACAAUUGCAACAUUUAAGAGGCAUUUGGAUGGGUAUAUGAAUAGGAAGGGUUUGGAGGGAUAUGGGCCGGGUAUUGGCAGGUGGGACUAGUUUGAGUUGGGAUAUUUGGUCGGUACGGACGGGUUAGACCGAAGGGUCUGUUUCCAUGCUGUACAUCUCUUGACAAAGCCUUGUCUGAGGGUGAAAUGUUGUCAUUCCCGUUGAUGCGGGUGGUCCCCUGUCUGUUGUCCUUUUUGUUUCCUUUCUCGGAAAGGACGUCGCGGACAUGGGCAGCGUUCCCGAGCCCCGCUCCGGAACGGGCUGUUCCGUCCUCUUCCAGCCCCCGGGGGGGUGGGGGAAGGGGCAGCUUGAGUGUAUUGGGAGAGUGGGCCGUUCACCGGGAAGGUGCCAAUGGGACGGGAGAGCGGUACCGGUAAUGGGGCGAGGGGGAGAUGCCUCAGACCGCCAGAAACACUGGGGCAGCUGCUCGCGUGCUCCUUUUGGAUCUCACAGCACAGGGAGGCCUUUCAUCUGAUUACCUCCCCGUCUCUGGCUCUGUCUCUCUCUCUCUCUGCGUCUGUCUGUCUCUCUGAGGUGACAGCGGAUUCCAGCGUAUUGCUGCUUGCUGGGUAAACCUGUUUUUCCUCUGUUUUCCUCCUCUCUCUCCUGCUCAAACCCCUGACCUUCAGGCCGCCCCUGACCUUGUCACUAUCAGUGAAUAGGGAACAGCUUUUCUUCCUCCACCUUAUCUGAACCUAUCACAAUCUUCCCCACUUUCACCAGUUGUAUCUGUGUGUGACCCUCUCUUUCUGUGUCUCUUUCUCUCCUAAGCCCCCUCCCUCACCACAUCCCAUUUACCCACCCCCUCCUGUCAUGCUCCCACUUUCAAACGGUCUCGUUGUGUUUUCACUGCCUCUUCCCCAUCGUUUCUGUCAAGCACCUCAUCUCACGCUUAGAACCCCUGCAGUGUAGGAGUAGGCCCUUCAGCCCAUCCAAUUCACACCAACCCUCCCUCACCCAGACCUCUGCCCGUAACCCUGCAAUUCCCAUUGGCUAACCCACCUAGCCUACACAUCCCUGGGCACUAUGGGUAAUUUAGCAUGGUCAAUGCCCCCUAACCUGCACAUCCCCAAACACUAUGUAAUUUAGCACGGCCAGUCCACCCAAACCUGCACGUUCCCUGGAUACUAUAGGACAAUUUAGCCUGGCCAAUCCUACACUAAGGGUGGAUUGGCCAUGCUAAAUUACCCAUAGUACCCAGGGAUGUGUAGGUUAGGGUAGAUUGGCCAUGCUAAAUUACCCAAUCCUACAUAUCCCUGGGUACUGUUAGGAUAAAAUAGGUCAAGGGAGGGUGGAGCUAUAGCUGCUGUUUGGGGAAUCGAAACUGUAGCUGUAGCUGCUGAUUGGGAAAUUGAAACUGUUGCUUACGUGGCCAGCUCAGCUGCCAAUGCCCAAAUGAGCUCAAUAACAGGAAACGCCUAGCAAUCGCGAAAUGUCCUAAUAAGGCAAUGCUUAGUAGCUCCGCGAAGCUCUGCUUAGCAAAGAGUAUAGCAGGAGCAGAUUUGGGAGGGGAAGGCAGAACGCGCCUUCUCCAGUGAAUGCAUGGUGAUUCACUGUAUCAGCUACGAUUCUGCAAUAAAGUCUGCUUGUGCCAAACAAUUGAGCGUCUGUUGUCUCUCCUCCUAAAACGAACAUGCAAGGACAAAUUCCGUCCUAACAGUACUAUGGGUAAUUUAGCAUGGCCAAUCCACCCUCACGUACACAUCCCUAGGUAC